ACGCAUCAGUUAGUAUACGGUGUCAACGCUGUUCGUUCCUACUCGUCAUCCGCUGCCGAUUGAUAUAAAUCAAACGCGAUUUUUUGAAUUUGUUGGUCUAUUCGUAGUAAUUGAACGAUUUCUUCCGGACGGGAGGGGAUUUUCCCGUGAACAUUGUCAGAAGCAAAGUUUUUUUUUUUUUUUUUUUUCUAACUCAAAUUUUACACACCAACACACACCUACGCGUAGAUAUUUGGACGUUUCAACUCCGGAAAGCAAACGGGGAAAACAAAACAAAACACAAAAAAUGCAUCAGCUGUCAGCCAAAUUAUCGCAUUUUUCGAUUGCUCUGCUCGUCUUGUUCGUUUCGUUGACUAUGGACGUCGAAUCGGCUCCCGCUGCAACUUCUUCCAUUAACCGACCGGAAGCACAGCUGUCCAUUCAGGAAAUGGAGAAAUUUCUUGAGGGCCUGACCCGGUACUUGCAUCGACAGCGUUUGGAGCAGCAACGAAUGCAUCAGCCACAGGCCAAGUCGCUCAUGUCGGAAGAGGCCACCUACGAUCCGGAUGCUAUCGACCGUGCCAUCCUCGGCGAGAUGGCGGCGCCAUUAGAUGCGGAGAGAUCUUCUUCUGUCGAAUUGGCCAAUAAUUCCAUGUCUCAUGCACGUCCGCCGACUAAUAACAAAUGGCCGUGGUCGUUGAGUAACUUUGAACGGAUUGAAGAUCAGGAUGUUAAGCAACGCCAACCAUACGGCAAACGCAAUUCCGAAUUGAUCAACUCGCUACUGGGCUUACCCCGUUUCAUGAAAGUCGUCGGAUAAAUUGGAUUGGAAUAAAAACAAAUUAUUAUUAUAAUUGGAGUACAGGGCAAAGGGGGCAUGUUUUUCAUCAUAUCUUAUGUGUUGACAUUAAAAAAAAAUAAAAUAAAAUCUUACACAUUUUAUUAUAUAAUGCAUACUUUAAUAUAUGCAUGCUACUAGAACUUAGUAGUCCACCUCUUCCGCUUUCCGAAAACGCUCGCCAAUGGAAACAAGCGUUCGACAAAUCGUUUACAUAUACGAGUAUCUUCAGCAUUAUGUGUAGUUGACGACGGAUAUUAAUAUGUUAAUGUUCCCGUUAUUUGAUGGCGCACCUAAGUAUUAAAUCAAACCCAUUGAUCAACUAAAAAGAAAAUAAACGAUUAACUGUU